AUGGUUAGACUCUCGUCAACGAAACGCGAAGGCUCUGGAAUCCUGAACUUCCGCUGGUGGAAACCAUUCUACUCAGGCGUGGAUGGCACACCUCUCUCUCAGCUUGAUGUUGGUAUUCUGGUAGAACCCAACCUCGUAGGGAGAAUCAUUGACUGGAAGCCUGUCAGCGGAAGGGUGACCUUCCUUGAGGAAGUGCAGUGUGCUCUGUCCGAAGUGCCGAAUACACAGUCCCUCAUACUGACGGGCGAUUUUAAUGCGCAAGUCGGAGUAGACGUUGAAAAAUGUAACGGCGUGAUUGGGAAAAACGGCUCUAGCGACGUCAACAAUAACGGCAUGGAGUUGUUGCGGUUUCGUGCAAACAACGGAUUGUCCAUUAUGAACACCUUCUUCGAGCAGCGAAGAGCGCAGCAAUAUUCCUGGCAUCGGGGAGCUUGUGCACAUAAGUCGAUGAUCGAUUUGGUAAUCGCAUCGUCUAAUUAA